AUGUCUACCACAGUACAUCCCUUUCGCACCAACCCUCCGCUGCGCAAGGGCCUCGUCAACGUGCCCGGCGUUACGCCCUCCGCUGCCAAAGCCACUCAAGAGAAUCUACUGGCCGACUACGAGAAGCAUCACUGCUACUUCAACAACAAGGGGUUCCAUAACCAUCUUUCGCACCACCUUCUUUCCGCCUACGACCUGGGCGCGUCGGCAAGCCUACUGCAAGACAUCUACGAGGUGGAGUCUGCGUCGCAGCGUCCCCUUGUUCAAGCGCCCGAGGAUAAGAUCCCACCACUGACAGAGGAGAAUUGGACGUCUGCACUUGGGCAGGAAGAAGCCUACGCCACAUACCUAAAGUUCUUCGGCGAGCAAAUCUCACUGCAUGGCGCGCAAUCGACAAUCGAGCGCUACAUAUUCUCCCCUGCGGCGAACGGGAACGGGACGGUGAUGCUGGCGCGGUUCGUGAGCGGGUUACUGCAUCCAUGGAUUCAAACUGGCUUCGGCGUCGAGUUCAAGCAGGACUACCUCACGGCUAUGGGACUUGCUCUCGCAGCCGUUCAUGUCCCUGACUGUCCGGUCGAAUAUCUCGCCGACUUACCCUCCGGCGACCCCAGCGUGUCAUUCACCACUAAGCCAUCAGCGACGCUUAACGAACUCUUCAACGACCUGUAUGCCUCCGACGUCCUGAAUCCGGGACCACAUAACAAAGACCCAACAUACGUCGCGACACUGCAGCGCAUCGACGAGUUCUUCUCGGACUCAGUGCGCUCGCGCGCCAUCCUCGACCUUGCCAAUCGCUGGACCUUCCCUUUGACGGAGGACGCCGCCGCCUUCACCUCUGAUCUCCAGCACAAGAUGAAGGAGGUCAUCGUGCAGGGGACGCUCCUGCUCGCAGGCACCGGCCUUCGGCGCGAUGCCCAAGGCCGCCCACCUCUGGUCGACUUCCACCUCAUGCACCUGGUGACGGCGGGAACAUUCAUUCGGCCACUCCUCGCUGUCGCGCGCGAGCCGAUGUACCAAGCGCGCCUCUUGCACAUCCUUGUGCGCAUGAUGCUGGUGACAACGAUCAUGCGGGGGCGCCCGAGGCCGGAUAUCGAGGCGCUGUACGCAAGGCCUGCGACGCUGGACUAUGAGGACGAUAAGUUGCUCGGUGGUCCCCGUUCUGACGCGAAUGGCACGGUGAAGGUGCACGACUCAUGCUUGCCCUCACCAGGCGGGUGGCCCACGAUCAUCGACAACGCCAUUCACCACCCGGAACCGCAUGUCUCGAAGGUGGCGCGCUCGCUUUACUAUGGCGCGCAACUGUACGAGACGGAGCGGGAUCUUGGGGUGCCCGGCGUUGACGGGUCGGUCUUUUUGCGUGCGGCGACGGUUAUGCUCGAUGGAUUGGGGUGGGUGAGCAAGGGUGAGGAGAAGCGAGGAUGGGAUCAUAGUGGGUUAGGUUGGGACGAAGCGUGGGCGGAUUCGAAGGGCUAUGUGGCGGUAUCGAUGAAGUGA